CGCGGCGCCGUUACUCGCGGUUGGGCAGCGGCGCAGGCGGCGGCGGCGGGCGGCUCAGCGCGCAGCGCACACGGCGCCUCGGCGGAGCGGCAGCAGCGGCGGCAGCAGCGGAGACCCCGGCGUCGCAGCCCCUGCGCUGGUGCAGCCCCUCUCGCUCGCGCGCCUCCUCCCUCGCUCGCGUCAUGGCUGAUCAGCUGACCGAAGAGCAGAUUGCUGAAUUCAAGGAAGCUUUCUCCCUAUUUGACAAAGAUGGUGAUGGCACCAUCACAACAAAGGAACUUGGAACUGUCAUGAGGUCACUGGGUCAGAACCCAACAGAAGCUGAAUUGCAGGAUAUGAUCAACGAAGUGGAUGCUGAUGGUAACGGCACCAUUGACUUCCCAGAGUUUUUGACUAUGAUGGCUAGAAAAAUGAAAGAUACAGACAGCGAAGAAGAAAUCCGUGAGGCAUUCCGAGUCUUUGACAAGGAUGGCAACGGUUACAUCAGUGCGGCAGAGCUACGUCACGUCAUGACAAACUUAGGGGAAAAACUAACAGAUGAAGAAGUAGAUGAAAUGAUCAGAGAAGCAGAUAUUGAUGGGGAUGGACAAGUCAACUAUGAAGAAUUCGUACAGAUGAUGACUGCAAAAUGAAGACCUUCUUUCAACUCCUUUUUCCCCCCUCUAGAAGAAUCAAAUUGAAUCUUUUACUUACCUCUUGCAAAAAAAAAAAAAAAGUUCAUUUACUCAUUCUGUUUCUAUAUAGCAAAACUGAAUGUCAAAAGUACCUUCUGUCCACACACACAAAAAAUCUGCAUGUAUUGGUUGGUGGUCCUGUCCCCUAAAGAUCCAGCUACACAUCAGUUUUACAGUAUAAAUACUUGUACUACCUUAACGAUAAGGAAGCACUUAGUGGAUCCUUGCAGCUCCAUUUGCUAACGAUGACCACACCGUUUGGGCUGGCCAGUUUUUCAUGCAUGCAGCUUGACAAUUGAGCACAGUCAGGCAUUUGUAUUAAAAACGAAAAAUGAAAAAACAAAUUCAAAACCUAUUCAAAUAGGUUCUAGUUCAAUUUGUUAGUAUAAAUGGUCACAGCUGGUUUAUUGAAAACACAUUUCAGAUUGGUUUUCCUCAGGAGUCUAUGUGGGAGAAUGGGCAAAGGAUGAAGCGGGUACAUGUAGCCCCACUGGCGGCAUGGUCCUCUCGUACUUUUGAGCGCCCCACCUGUGGUGGCACGCCCACUGUUGGUUUAGCCUUGUCUGCAUUGUACUAGAGCAAAAUGGGUGUCAGGCCGUCACCAUUCACACAAAUUUAAAAAAAAAAAAAACAAAAAAAAACUUUGUCAAGGGAGCAUCUUUGGACUCUCUGUUUUUAAAACCUCCUGAAACUUGACUUGGAGCCGGCAGAGUAGGCGGUGGCUGUGGACUUCAGCACAACCAUCAACGUUGCUGUUCGAGAAAUUACAAUUUACGUCCAUUCCAAGUUGUAAAUGCUAGUCCUUUUUUUUUUUUUCCAAUAAAAAAACCAUUAACUUAAA